GGCAGCACUAAACUGCGUUGUGUAGAUAAUAUGGCGUAAAGUGAACGUUACACAUGUCUCUCAGUGAUUUCGAUUGAAACAAUAAAGAGGUAUACGUGGACUAGACUCUAACGUAUAUAUAUUGCUAACCAUGGUUUGUAAAGCUGGUCAAAUAUGUUUGAUUCAGUGCAACCUGUCUACAGUUGGAAAUAAGAUCUGUAAUACUGACAAAGUUCUAUUACAUGAAUUUACCAGUGGUGAGGAUCUUUAUCUUUAUAUUGCAGAGCAUUAUCAGAUACAACCAGACAGUUUUAAAUUAUAUUUAAUAUCAGAUGGAAAACUGAUUGAUUUAUCUGAAAAGAAAGAUAAAACAAUGUUAGAAGUUGGUGUGGAUUUUUCUUUUAAUCGAGAAUCUUCAAUUGAACACAAGCACACAUUAUUAGUUAUGGAUCCAACGAUUAUUUCACUUACGGUGAAUCCAGUGGGACGUCAUCAUUGGUUUCCAUAUAAUUCUCCGCCACCCUCUCCUAAUCAUUCAUCAGUAUGGGGUGAAGAUAAUAAUCUUGAUUUUAAAUAUCGUAUUAAAUCUGAGACAUGCUAUGUUGGUUUGGUCAAUCAAGCAAUGACAUGUUAUUUAAAUAGUCUAUUGCAAGCAUUAUAUAUGACUCCUGAGUUUCGAAAUGCAUUGUACAAUUGGGAAUACAUAGAUGGAUCAGAGAAGGAUGAAGCUAAUAGUAUUCCAUACCAACUACAAAAGUUAUUUUUAAAUUUACAGACAUCAACAAAAUCAGCAGUGGAAACUACAGCAUUAACAAAAAGUUUUGGUUGGGAUUCUACAGAAGCUUGGCAACAACAUGAUAUUCAAGAACUUUGUAGAGUUAUGUUUGAUGCUUUAGAACAGAAAUUUAAAAAUACAGAACAAGCUGAUUUGAUAAAUAGAUUUUAUGAAGGAAAGAUGAUUGACUAUGUUAAAUGUCUUGAAUGUGGUACUGAAAAAUCUAGGGAAGAUACCUUUCUUGAUAUACCAUUGCCAGUGAGACCAUUUGGUAGCAGUGUGGCAUAUACCAGCGUGGAAGAAGCUUUAAGAGCAUUUGUUCAAUAUGAAAUUUUAGAAGGAAGUAAUCAAUAUCAUUGUGAAAAGUGUAAUAAAAAAUGCGAUGCUCAUAAGGGAUUAAAAUUUACAAAAUUUCCCUAUCUUAUGACAUUUCAUCUGAAACGAUUCGAUUUCGAUUUCAAAACCUUCCAUAGAAUUAAACUUAAUGACAAGGUUACUUUUCCAGAUAUAUUAAAUUUAAAUCCUUUUAUUGCUUCUAUGCCAAAUCAAGAAUCUCCAAGUACUGAUGAAAAUAUUGGUUUAGCGAAAUGCGACGAUAAUUCUAUAACAGAUAGUGGUACAUUAGAUGAUGAUUGUCCUCCUUGUGAAAACAGUCUUCCUAAUAGUAAUCACUCAACAAGUCAUGAUCAAGAUGAUGAUGAAGGUAUAGAUAUGAGUAAUGGGCCUUCAACAUCAAAUUCUACUAUGCAUAAUCAUGAAAAUGAGAAGAAUCGUAGUACUAAUACAACAACAGGACCUUAUAAUUACGAAUUGUUUUCGAUUAUGAUUCAUAGUGGUAGUGCUAGUGGUGGACAUUACUAUGCUUAUAUAAAAGAUUUUAGAACACAAGAAUGGUUUUGUUUCAAUGAUCAAAGUGUAACACAGAUAACUCAUGAUGAUAUUCAGAAAACAUAUGGUGGUGGUUCAACCAGGUCAUAUUUUAGUGGAGCUAAUACUAGUACUAAUGCAUACAUGCUCAUGUAUAGACAAAUUGAUCCUAUUCGUAAUUCUUUACCUAUGCAAGUGCAGGAUUUUCCAAAACAUAUACAGGAAUUAUUAAAAAAAAUGAAAGAAAAUGAAGAUAAUGACAGAAAGAAAAAGAUUCGUGAAAAAGAAAAAGAAUUGUUUAUAUCUAAUGUGAGAGUAUUUUGUCAACAUCCUACUGAAGGUAGAAAGAUGAAUUCCAAAAUUUCUUUUACAAAUCAUGACACUUUGGCUCAACUGACACAGCAGGUUUAUAAGAAGUACUGCUUAGAAGGAAUAGUGAGCUUAAAUCAAUGUCGUUUAGUUGCUUAUGAUCACAACAAUGAUUUAAUUGUGGCUAGCUAUGAAGGUAAAGAACAUGAAACAUUUGCAAGUAUUUGGGGUAAUCGAGUGGUGAGUCGAUAUAGUUUAUUGUUAGAAAUACGUGAUGAAGAUCAAAAAUUCGAGCCACAUCUACGAGGUGCUGUCAUAACAAAAGUAUACGUCGUCGAUGUAGCCAGGAAAAAACUUAUCGAAGGACCAAUAAAUGUACGUGGUUUAUUUACACAAACAGUAAGAGAAUAUAAACAAGUGGUAGGAAAAUUUAUUAAUAUGGAUCCAGAUGAUAUGAAAAUAGUUUUACGAAAACAUGGAACAGAAACAAUAUUCGUACAGAAUGACGACGCUAUACUAGCGAUUGCAGAUUUUUGUAAUUUUGUUAAAGUGGUCGUCUGUACAAUGUGUGAUGCUGAAUGUAAUAAAUUUUACCUUGAGGCAGUAAUAUGUAAAAUUGCUGAACAGUUGGAAAAUAUUCUAACAUUACGUAUAAGGUUACCUCUUAAUUCAAGUAAAGAAAUGUUAGAAGAAUUAAAUAUUCCAACAUUAGAAGAAGUAUGUAAAGAUAAAGAAAAACCUGUGACUGAUAGUCCAUCCAAAGCAGGUGUUACUGAAUUACACAGAGAUUCUGGUACAAAAUGUAAUGAGACUUUAAAAAGUGGGAAACUUGUUGAAGAUACUCCAGUAAGAAAUUUAAGUCCACAAUUAGCAGAGGGCGAAGAAUGGCAUACUCCUGAACAAAGUAAUAGCGAAGAUAGUAGUCUCAGUGAUAGUGAUAAAACUUUAGUUGGUGAUGCUUCAGGAGACAAUGACUUUCAGUUACCUUAUCUUCCAUCGAGUACGAGUAACCGAGCUAUUAAAAUGUUAAAUCAGGGUGGACUCGAAAACUGGGACAAUAUUAUUGACGAUUCGGAAUAUUAUUUUAAAGCCACUCCGUAUACGAAUCUCAAUGAAAAGUUUUUGAAAGUAUUAGUAGACAAAAGGAUGAUAUUCAAUACUUUAAAGAAAAAUUUAGAACCCUAUGUUGGUGUACCCGCCGAUUAUUUUAAAAUUUGUCGUUGCUUUGAUGAUUGCAUUGAAUCAGAAUGUAGCCGUGUACUUAGUCAAUUUGAAGAUGGUGAAAAACUUUGGAUAGAGAUUGGACGGGCUUUACGUAAUGGUGAAUUUACAGUAAAAUUGCAUCAGUUUUUCCUUGAUUCGUCUGAGUUCCUAUUUUUAUUUGACUGGAUUGUGUCAGAAGACAUGACUGUUGGUCAAGUAAAGAAAGAAAUAUUGGCAGAAAUGAAAAGAAAAUGCAAUAUCGAUAUUCCAUAUGAAAGGUGUCGAUUAAGGGAAAGGUACUUUGUGUUAGCUUCAAAAGUACUUUUAGAUCAUCAAAAGUUCAAAGAUUUUCAAUUUUACUCGCAAUUUGGAAUGGUUGUACAAGAGUUACCUGAUAAGGACCCAGUUACCAAUAGUAAUCAAGUCAUUAUAUUUGUUCGACGCUGGUUUGCUACAAAAGUUCAUCUUGGACCCCUUCAAGAAAUCGUUUUGGAUGAAACUACUGUGGAAGAAAUGGUGAAAAAAUUGUCUUUAUUAUCGGAUAUACCUGAAAAAUAUAUAAAUAUAAUAAGAGGAAAAGUUUUAACACAUAUAUCUACACACAUUGAAAAUGAUCAAGAUUGGAUUGGGUUAUCAAGUGGUGCUGAACUUAUCAUUGAAGAUGGUGCUGUAUUCUGGUAUAGAGAUAUCAGGGAAGAUUCGAAACAAUUAACGAGAGAAGGGUCCAAUGAAAUCGCAAUUCAAGAAGUACCCCUUUUAUUACCACUUUCCUCCGCGUCACGUUACAAUGCGCGCAAAGAGAAAGCGCUUAGAAUAUAUUUGGAUGAUGAAUGAUCCUCCAUUGAACAUACGUACUCUGAAAAACAAUUGUUAAAUAGGCAUGUGUGGGAACAUGAAACGUUUGCGUACAAAGUGAUUACAUCGUGUCAGGUAUUUGUGGAAUCAAGUACUCAACAAUUACAAAAUAGUCUGUGCUUCAGUAAGUCUUCAAUAUUUCAAAGCUUCCGCGUUUCUAAGGCCUUUCGGCUUUUAGAACUAAUCGGAUUUAUAAAAUUCUUCAAGCUUAUAAAAUGUUAUACGUUACCGAGUGAUUUUAGAUUUCGAUUAUCUCGUUUGAUUUUAAUGUGGUUCGAAACCAUAAGGAUUAUAAAACUCCCAAUAACAUAUGGAUUUCUGAGUUAUAGAAUCUCAUUCAAGAGCACAAAUACUGUUGAAAAUAAUGAAAGUGCUAAAUAGCAGUGAAUUAUAGGAAAGAAGGGGAAAGAAAUUGAAUUGCUUGGUGAUAAUCCGAAUUUAAACUAUGGACUUCUUAUGAUACGCGUGUGUAUAACUAACGUAUAUAUAUUUGGAGUUCCUGCAGCUACAUUAUUUUCACAAAUUCCUUGAUACAUUUCUUAACCCUAAGAUUUUUUAUAUCUUCACAUAUCUGUAUCAAAACGUUUUAGCUCAUUACCUUGUUUAAAAUGUUAAAUAUUUUUAAUGUCAAAAU